CUCCAUUUCUUUUCUCCGAAUCUUCUCUCCUUUUGUCUCCAUCCUCUGACCUCUUUCUUCUGCUCUUGUACGUUUCUCACCAAUGGAGUCUAACUCCGUCUUUUCUCUCCCCAGCUCCAGCCACCGGCGAACGGCGGACGACGGGCGGAGGAUGGCGGUCGUAGUAGGUAAGGUUCUCCUCCUUCAUUCUUUCUUUCUUUCUUCUUCUUCUUCUUCUUCUUCUUCUUCUUCUUCUUCUUCUUCUUCUUCUUCUUUCUUCUCCUUCUCUUCCUCUUCUUCCUCCUCCUCCACCUCUUCUCCACAUCCUUGUUGUGUUCGUACUCCUGGUUUUCAUCCCUUAAAGUUUUUGGUAUAUUUUAUUGAUUUUAUUUGUUUAAUUUUGAGAUUCAAAAUAAAAUUUGAUAUUCUAGAUCUGAAAAUUUUGGUUUUGAAAAGAGAGACUCCUAGAACCAGGAUUUUCUGAAAGUCUUGGAUCUAUUUUUAUUUAUUUAUUACAUGGAUUUUUUUUAUUUAUUAAUUUUCAGAUUCAAAUGGAAAUUUUGAAAGUCAGGGUAGAAAAAUCUGAGGCUCCAAAUGUUGAAUAUCUCAAAAUUUCAGAUCUGACUUUUAACUUUUAAUUAAUUUUGAAUUUACAUACAGAGCAUUUAAUAAUUUGAUAUUAGUCUUUUAGCCAUUUUAAAUCUGUAAAAUGCCAAUUUGAAAAAUAAUGCCAUUUUGAAGAUGACAAUUUCAUAUUACAAUAUAGAAACUUUAAUUUAAUGCCAUGUUUUUAUUGUGAAAAUGGCAUUUCAGAAAAUAUUAUUAUUUAUGGCACUAAGUAAAGAAAAAUGGCAAUAUUUUCAUUAUUCCAAUAUAAACUUGUUAUUUAUGGCACUACGUCAACAAAAAUGGCAAAUUUUUCAAAAUUUCAAUAUGAAGUUGUUGUUACAAACAUGAAUGUCAUUAAGAUGGCAUUCCACUUCCAUGAUGGCACUUACGGUAGAAAUCUCUCCAAGCAUGAGGUGGGCACCAAUCCUGCCAGAGGAGGUGGUUGUGGUGGGGGAGGUCAUCGGUCGUCGCCGGAAAUGCUCGUCGCCCGAGCAGAUCUAUAGGAGCUCAUUGGAGUUGCUCAUUACCUGAAGAGAUCGUUGGAAAUGGUUGUUGCCGGAGACGUCAGUGGCCGGAGGCGGCGCUGGCGGGGAGCUGCGGUGGCGCCGCCAAAGGGUGGCGCCGGCGCCGCCGCCGGCGCAGGAGGUGGAGGCCAGUGUGGCAGCAAGCAGGAUGCCUAGUUGUGAAUGUUUUUAUUUGAUGUAUUUGUUUUUCAAUACUCCGUAUAAAUGUAAACAUAACUGACACUUCAUUAAGGGUAGAAUGGUCAAGUCAUAUAAUUUCUACUCCUAUUAGAGAUUAAAAAACAUUAAACUCCUAUUUGUGAACUUUCUUAAUGUUUUACUCCUAUUAAGGGAAUUAACC